AGCCAUUUUGGCUCAAGGGAGCAGCUGCUUUCUGUUGCAGCCUCCCUUCGACGCCAUGGCGAGCGAGGAGACGGCGGACUCCAGCCGCGACCCCGAGGCAUCGCCGCUCGUGCCCAGGACCCGCCGCCAGCAGCGCCGCUCGGUGCUGAGACUGUCCGCCGCCUCGGUUGCCGCCGUGCUGUUGAUGACCGUGGCGCUAGCCGCGCGCGCCCCUGCCGCCGGGGCAGCGGGACCUGCUCGCGGGAGCGGCGCCGUCCACGCCCUGGACGGCGCCAUGACGCUGAAGGCCGCCGCCGCGACGCCGGCUCUCGCAGGGCCGGCGGCCUUGGAUCAUGUGGCCCGCGACGCGAGGCGCGUCGCGGCGGGGCCGCCGGGCGGCCUGACCCGGGCCCUGAGGAGCACGGAUGGCCACGGGGAUACGGAAGCGCACGGCGAAGACCACCACAACGCCGAGAGCACGACCAAGACCGCGAGCGGCGAAGGCGGAACGGACGACGACGACGACCAUCACAGCGCGGAGUUCAAGGCCAAGACUGCGAGCGGCGAAGGCGGCAAGGACGACGACGACGAGACGGUUGUCUAUGACAAGAGCGGCGGGCACCUCGAGGAGGACUUCGUGAGUGCAGCGCUGAGGCCGCAGGAGUUGCAGCCGUACUACCUGAUGCCGAUCUUCUUCGGCAUCAAGAUCACACUGACCAUGAGCAUCUUCGGGUUCAGCAUCCGCUUCAAGAAAGAUGUCGUCGCAGCAAUGCUGAAAAGGGACGGCUUCUGCGCGACGAGGACAACGCACGGCUUCCUUCGGACGGUUGGCUCUUACGACAUCGUGAAGAACAUGAAGGAGGUCGUGAAGUUCAUGUGUCAGUUGGGCUUCUUCGCCAUGGCCUGCAACGGCUUCCAACACGACUUCCAGUUCUACACCCAGGCCACGAAGGACAUGGACGGCUUCUUCAAGAGGAUGUGCUGUCUGGUAGUCAUCGUGGAAACAUCGGCCAACUACGUUGCUGCCAGGGCGUUGGGUUUACAAGUGACCUUCGAAAGUCCGGUCAUGUUGCUGGGAUUGAGAAAGGUGAGGUACAGAUGCAUCCCUCAGAUCCCUGGGGUCCCUAGCGGACUUCCCCUGAUACCAGGUGGCGCGAAGUGGUUCCCGUGCCAGAAGCAUCUCUAUUUCCUCCUCCUGUCGCCCUACCUGAUCUUGAAUGUGUUUUUCGGGGUCGCUUGGAUGUUGUUUCUCCAGGUCCUUCUCAAGGUGUUACGGUACGUCUUUUCGUUAUGCCCGAAGAUCAUCGGUUGCAUCCUCCUUCUUCACUUUUGUGGUACUGUGAUCAUCGGUUGCAUCGUGUCCUUCGGCCUGUGGGCUUGGGCCAAGGAGUCCUUCGGGUAUUGGUGGUCACUGAUCGCGCCCUUCUUCUACUUCUCCCUGAUGCAGAUCUGGGCCACCCUCGUUGCCCCCAUUGUGUUCAGCGUCUUCUACGGAUUCGUGAACCGAAUGAAGUGGGAACAAAUAAAGAAAGGUCUUGUUGAAGACUUCCAUCCCGCAGCGACUCAGGCUCAAGACACCGUCGCCAGCGGGAGCGCCGGGUUGAUGGAGCAGCCCCUUGCAGACCAGGAGGACAGAACGCCCGCAGCGACUCAGGCUCAAGACACCGUCGCCAGCGGGAGCGCCGGGUUGAUGGAGCAGCCCCUUGCAGACCAGGAGGACAGAACGCCCCUAGCGACUCAGGCUCAAGACACCGUCGCCAGCCGGAGCGCCAGGGUGAGGGAGCAGCCCCUUGCACUUGCAGACCCGGAGGACAGAAUCAGGCUCAUCAACCUGAACCGCACGGAGUUGGAGAAAGACUUCUCUGACGUGCCGGUCAGCGAAAACGCCCUCGAGGAUGACACGAAGGAUGACACGGAGGAUUCCUUGGAUGACACGAAGAUGAGGAUCUUCUUCAUGACCAUGGUACAGAUGUCGUUCAUCACCGUUGAGCAGAUGGUGUUGAUUAGCUUGGUGCGCAUUAUCUUCUGCAGCGGAUCCUGGGAGGCGUACGUGGGAAGCUAUCAGCUGACGAUCGGCGAGCGGCAUUGGUACACGUACUACGGCAAUGUAGCGAAGCUCGCGGAGAGGGGCAUAGUCAGCGCCACGAACGCUAUCUGGAUGCUCGUCUAGUGAAGCAGCGGUCGCCCAGGCUGGCCAAGACCACCCUAGGGAACGAAGCCUUGCGGCUUCGCACGCCUGCGACGAGCAUAUUGUCCUCAUGAUAUUCUCCCAGAGCGUGUUCGGUUCGGUUCCGGUUCCGUGUUCGUGCGUGCCGUGCGUGCGGGCGAGGCGAAGCUGCGUGGGCGGGCGAGAGAAAGUGCCCUGUGGCUGAGGCGCGGCCGGACCAAAUGAUUCUCCGCCGGGCGGCCGGUGGCGCGCGGUGUCCCGCCGGUGUCCCGCCGGUGCCCCGUCGGUGUCCCUGUAGCUGAGGCGCGGCUGGACCAAAUGUGUCUGUUCCGGGCGGCCGGUGGCGCGCGGUGCCCCGCCGGUGUCCCGCUGGUGUCCCGUCGGUGUCCCGUCGGUGUCCCGAUGAUGAUGUGGAUGAUUAUGAUGAUGAUGGUGAUG